GUCACGCGCUCUUUGACGACCAUUGUUUUGGUUACACAAACGUAAGCUGGUUUUGACCCUCGGCAGCUUCCGUCAUUGUUUGGUGCAUUACGGCAGUCGGGCAAGUUGACAGGGAAACCUAACAAGUUGAAAGGUGAAGGCGGCGAGCCAGAAUGUCAAGCAAUGUGCUGUGCGGUCGAAGCAGGUUGAUCCUGUCUCAGACCGCCGGCCGACAUGCUUUGACUUCUCUCAGGGUUGGAAGAAGCAGGACGUUCUCAGCCGCCAACUCUGAUGAGCCGUACAUCACCAUGUCACCCACAGACUCAGGCCCCAGGACUGUGUGGCCUGAUGAGAGCAUGGGACCAUUUGGACCUCAGGACCAGCGCUUCCAGCUGCCGGGUAACGUCGGGUUUGACAACCACCUGGAAGGCAUGGGGAACCAAAAGAAGGCUCCGGUUCACAAGACGGUGCCUGACGUUCUCACGACUCCAAACAGCACGGAGAGACACCAGUUUGUCAUGGCCCAGUUCGUCAACGAGUUUCAUGGAAAUUUGGGCCCUCUGUCCACAAGAGUCCACAAAGUUGAGCAGUACUUCAACCAGACAGACACUGACUGCUCUGUGAGCUCCUGUCCUGAGCUGCUAAAGAAAGAACUGGAGCUAAUGUUCCCCUCGGCACCAACGACCUCCAUCACGGUCGUGACGGUAACCCAGAGGACCGGUCGUCAGGACGACGGAGCAGCAGAACCAGACAGAGACCACCUGCUUCGUAAAUUUGUGAGCGGGGCGAAGGAGAUGUGUUUCGCUUUGUGGACGGCGGGAUACUGGGCCGACUUUAUUGACCCGACAACAGGAGAAGCUUUCUUUGCGUCUCCAUCGGCUGUGUCGGCUCUGCGGCCAGAGGAGCAGCUCAGACAUUUGGGCUUUCACAUCGAAGUGUCGGGCUCCUGCACCGUCAUUCGCCACAUCCUCAGAGGAACGCCUUUGUUUGUGGGGACCGUUUUCACCAAUGCACCUGCUAACAGCGCUGCUGUAACGAGACUUCAAGGACUAUCAAAAGGAUUUGAUGAAGAAGAGUAGGCUUAUUUUUAAUAUUAAACACCAGGAGAUUUGCACAAGAAUGCCUCUAAUCGUGGUGUGAGAUGUUUUGAUUUUGGCUCAGAUGUGUGAUAAAACUCUGGGUCUCUGUAAGGACAUGUCAGUGUUAACGACUUCACACCCUUCACUACAUCCAGGGAGGACCCGCGCUCCAAACGCCAACUUUGCAAUAUGUUCAAUCUGUAGAAAGUGUUGAUAUUUUUAGAGAAUAUUUGUAUUUAUGAAAUUCCCAGGUGAGGAACAAGAACAAGCCUCAAAACGACAUGAACACGUUCGCUGGAACGACAUCGGGUCGUAAUGCACUGCUAAUAAAAUGUUUUCCUUUCA